AUUCAAUUUUACAGCCGGCAUCCAUUUUCUCUACGAGAAAUGGUUUUAGUCAUAGCACGUGUAUUAAGAAUUUAAAAAUUGUAUAUUUUGCAAGAUAGUGUUAACAUUGGCAUCGUUAGUUGCCAGUAGUGGUUGUGUGAAAUUAAUUUAUUUCUUUGCGGCUUAAUUAAUAGCGUUACUGUAAAAUGAAUCAAGAAAAACUGAAGAAACUGCAAGCGCAAGUACGUAUUGGAGGGAAAGGCACACCUCGCAGGAAGAAGAAGGUUGUACACGCAACUGCUGCGACUGACGACAAAAAGCUACAGAGUUCUUUGAAGAAACUGUCAGUUAACACAAUACCGGGGAUAGAAGAAGUGAACAUGAUAAAAGAUGACGGUUCCGUAAUUCAUUUCAAUAAUCCGAAAGCACAGGCAUCUUUAGCUGCCAACACAUUCGCUAUUACGGGUCACGGUGAGAACAAACAGAUCACGGAGAUGCUACCCGGUAUUCUCAGCCAGCUUGGGCCGGAAGGGUUGACCCAACUGAAACGUCUUGCCUCGAGUGUCGCCAACAGCGCUGUAGGGGGUAAGGCUAGCAUUGAGGAAGACGACGAAGUCCCGGAGCUUGUUGAGAACUUCGACGAAGCCAGCAAGGAAGAAGUCCCUAUAAAUAUUACUGAGAAGGGUAAAGUAAAGGAAGAUACCGCUGUUCCGGUCUCAAAAGAAGAGGCCAAACCCAAAGAGAGCACAUCUGUAGUAGAAGAGAAGGCUGAGGAUUAGAAGUUUUCACUGCAGGUUUCUGGGCAGUGAUUAAUAUAUGGUUCUGCGGCCAGGAAUCGUGUCGUGGGAGCUUCCAGCCUCUCUGGGUUGCAGCCGUCGCAAGUGGAUGAAAUUGUAACUGAGGUUUGAGAAUGCUCAGAUCUGCAUAACUUGUCAUUUAGGAUUGUAUACAUAACAGGUGCAUGUCAGAUGUUUUUAUGUGGUACGCAAUUCUCGCGGCAUUUCCCCCCACUUUGUUCCACUGUUUGUUCUCCUGUAACCAUUUUCGAAUUGUUGUCAAUUUUUUUCUCUUAAGUUAUUUUAAUAUUUGUAAUUUAUAGUUUAGUGAUUAAAAUUCUCAAGUUUGCACUUGUUACAAAA